AUGACCCACGACUUGUCGUCGCGCAUCGAGUACUCGGAGAAGUACGUGGACGAUACCCACGAGUACAGACACGUCAUCUUGCCGAAGGAGAUGCAGCGUAGUCUACCCGAUCGCUUACUUACAGAGACAGAGUGGCGCCAACUGGGCGUGCAGCAGAGUCGCGGAUGGGUUCACUAUGCUAUUCACAAACCGGAGCCGCACAUUUUAUUACUUCCGACGUCCACUGGCCACUUCAUGUGA